AUGGCAGCGGGUGGAGCUAUUGCAAACAAGACACUUGAUGAAGCUUUUCUGCUGAUUGAGAGCAUAGAGUUCCACCAACUUCAGUGGUACAAUAAGAAGCCCACAUCUGAUUCAUUGGUUUGCUUGCAACAAAUCACUACACCUCAACCACCAAUUCUUACACAAAAGCCCGAGCCUCUAUCUCAGUGUGACAAGGUUGAGCUUGCAUGGAUUAUAUUUGACGAUGAUGACACCAUUCUAGUUGACACACACGCUACAGAUCAUCUGGAUACUAGUGUUGGAGAUUCAAUUUUGCAUUGUGAUGAUUCUUCCAUGGAUGAGCCAGAGCUGCAGUUCGUUGCUUUUGAUAUUGAGGAGUCACCUUUAGUUGAUAUUGAUCAUGUGCUGCUAGAGCCAGAUAUGGAGAAGUUCACCUUUGAUGAUGUUAGCCGCAUUGAUUCUUCAACACUUGAGCCUGAGAUGGAGAGCUUCAUGGUUGAUUAUGGUGAGGUGGAUUCAGAUGUCAAGGAGUCAAGCUCUAUUUCACUUGUUGACACGAGUCCGGUGGAAAUUUCUACUACCACACCUCACUUGGUAUCUUCAAUGGAGGUAGUCCUGAAGCUUCUUCCUAACUAUCUCAGGUUUACGCUUGUGCACCAUUCAUUACGAGCUGACCAAGUUCGAGAUGACAUCCCAUGGGAUCCUGGUGGAUUCACGACAUGGUCAUGA